ACAUACAAAAGGGAGUCAAAUAAUAUGAAAAUUAUAAUAUUAAAAAACUUUAUCAAUACUAAUAUUGUAAAAUUCAGUAUUUCGAAUAAAACAAAUCAAAACAAAAUCCAUUGAAAAAUGGCCUCACUAAUCAGCGAUGAAAUUAUGACUUUGAAUGAUGAAUUUAAAUGGCUAUUACAAGAAGUGAAUUGGAUUAUCAAACAAAUUCAUAAUAUCAUUGUUGAAUGUAGCCGUCGAUUUCCUGUCCACAUUGAUAACAUUGAAACUCUGGUCAAAACGGAAAAGUAUAUAUUGGCUAGCACGAAUAAUGCCAUGAAUGAUCAGAUAAAAGUUUCAUGUACAUUAUUUGCCGACAAUAUAACACAUGCGGAUAUCAACAUUCGUCUUCAUAAACAUCCUCAAGUAAAUCAUCGUACUAUCGUACAAAAUGAUUGUCAAUGGAAACUUCAUCAGAUUUUGGAUGCUUCAAAUCAUCUACUUUCAGCUUUGAAUAUUUUGGAUAUGCCACCGCUUCGAUUUAAUAAUGAAAUUAAAAAAUUUGAUUUCAAAACCGCUGAAGAAGUUAUAGAGCUAAUCAACAAUAUAAUGAUUUGUUUGGAUCGAGGGCGUAAAAGUCUAAUUGUACCCAAGAAAAGAAGCAUCGAAGAAUUACAACGAAGUUCAAAUAUGAAAUCACUUCAACCACCUCUACCCAAUGAUUUGGCAAUAAGUUUUUACAUUCAAGCCAAUAAACUAGUCUGUGCUGUAUAUCAUAUGUACAAAGAUGGUUCUGGUGAGAAAAGAUUUGACAUUUCUCAAGCUGAAAUUUCGAUUCCAUGGCUUAAUGAAGCACUAGUCUUAUUCGCAAAUGAAUUCUCGAUGGCCGUAAAUUUUGCUGAUAAAAAUUUGGUGAAAAUUGCUUGCGAUCAAGUAUCUAAUGAUGGCCAUAGUAUCGAAAAUCUUAUUUCAAAUAGUUCAAAUGUUUCAAGAAAUGGUUUCCUUGUUGAAUAUUACAUUAGACCACCGGUUACGGUCAUAAUCGAUUUUAUUAAAUAUUCUUUUGACUUGAUGUAUUUGGAACUGGGAUUGAGGUUAAGAGUUCAUAAAUCCAAUGGCAUUGAGGUAUAUACGAGGAGAUAUUCGGAUUACGUUCUGGUUGGUAGAUAUCGAGACCAAAUGCCAGAUAUCUUAACUAUUGUGAAUGAUGGUUAUCGACCGAAUAAUUUAUUACCAUCGCAUGAUAAAAUCUAUUCCAAUGUACAUUAUGUGGGUGGAAGAAACUGGCGAAAUUGUUCCAAUUUAAAGAGUAUUAAAAUUCGCAUCAUUUCAAGUGAAAAUUCAUCCGUACCUUGUCUUGGUUUUUUGAAUCUUUAUGGAAAACCUUCCAAUUUAACAACAAAUGAUUUGAACGGAUUUUUAGCAAUGAUUCCGCAAUUGGAAAUUCAACCAAAAGUUGAAAAUGAAAAACGACUAGAUCCAUCUGAAUUGGAACAAUUAGCUCCAAUAGAAUUCAUGGAUUCAAUAACGAAUGCAUUGAUGCGCACACCAUAUUUACUGCCUUCAAAUAAAAACGUUGACAAAACCACUUUAGAACGUUAUUUGGAUGGCAAAACAAUUGAAGAAUCAAAAGAUCCAUUUACAAAUGUGGCCUUUAGCGAUGCAUAUAAACCACGAAUCAAUCAUGAAUUGAAAUCAAGAAUCGAACUUUUCAUCACUACCAAUGGUCAAUCGGAAAUUGAAAGACGACAACAAUUGCGAGACAGACUAUUAAACAAUAGCUAAUUUUAAUUUAUUAAAAUGAUAUUAUUAUAAUUAU